AUGGGUGUUCCCGCUCUUUUCAGAUGGCUUUCCAAAAAGUACCCUCGCAUCGUGUCGUCGGUGCAAGAGGAGGAUCCCAAGACAGCUCCCGGUCCAGAUGGCACUGAGAUCACACUGCCCCUCGACACCUCCACGCCGAAUCCAAAUGGCGAGGAGUUCGACUGUUUAUACCUAGAUAUGAAUGGUAUUGUGCAUCCAUGUACACAUCCAGAGGGCAAACCAGCUCCCGAGACCGAAGAAGAGAUGAUGGUAGAGGUCUUCGCCUACACAGAACGCGUCGUCAACAUGGUGCGUCCGCGUCGACUCCUCAUGAUGGCCAUCGACGGUGUUGCGCCGCGUGCAAAGAUGAACCAGCAGCGAUCGCGUCGUUUCCGUGCCGCCAAAGAGGCGCGAGAAAAGCACGAGGAGAAGGAAGCCGCUCUGGCAGAGUGGAAGGCAAAGGGUCUCCCCGUCACCGAUGACGCGCUCGAGUCCAAGAAAGCUUGGGAUUCCAACGCCAUCACGCCCGGUACGCCUUUCAUGGACCUCCUGGCCGCCUCAUUGCGAUACUGGGUGGCGCAGAAGAUUAACACCGACCCUGGUUGGAAAGACGUUCAGGUCAUCAUCUCCGAUGCCAGCGUUCCCGGUGAGGGAGAGCACAAGAUCAUGGAGCACAUUCGACGUCAGCGAUCCCAUCCCGAACACGAUCCCAACACCAAGCAUGUCAUCUACGGUCUUGAUGCCGAUCUCAUCAUGCUUUCGCUCGCUACUCACGAACCUUACUUCAAGGUGCUUCGUGAAGACGUCUUUGCUGCCGACAACAAGCCCAAGACCUGCAACAUCUGCGGUCAACCUGGCCACUUCGCUGCAAGCUGCACAGGUGCUGCCAAAAAGAAGUCGGGCGAGCACGACGAGAUCGCCCCCACCCCACCCGAGAAGAAACCCUUCAUCUUUUUGGAUGUAGCGACCCUCCGCGAAUAUCUCGAGGUCGAACUCAACAUCCCUCAGUUGCCCUUUGCCUUUGACCUCGAACGAGCCAUCGACGAUUGGGUCUUCCUCAUCUUCUUCGUCGGUAACGAUUUCUUGCCCCAUCUGCCCUCGCUCGAGAUCAGGGAUGGUGCAAUCGACACGCUUCUCCGAAUCUGGAAAAAGGAGCUUCCCGCCAUGGGCGGCUACCUCACCAACCACGGUCGUGUCGAGCUCGGUCGUGCCCAGCUCAUCCUCAGCGGUCUCGCUUCCGAAGAAGAUGACAUUUUCCGUCGUAGGAAGGAGGACGAGGACAGGCGCGAGAACAACAGGAAGCGACGCGAAGAGAUGCAGCAGCGUAGGGAGAAAGAGCUCGACGAGGGCAACUUUGGCAACGGAUCCAUGGUCGAGGUCAUGAGUAAGAAGCGACCUGCACACGAGACCGAGAAGCCUGCUUUCAACGGUGUCUCUGCUCAAGAGGCUCGCGAUCAGGCUAAUACGAGCAACAAGUCGUACGACCCACGCAAAAAGGCCGUUGUACUCGGUGGCGACAACAAUCAGGUGGUCAGGGACCGAAACGCCGCGAGACAAGCUAACAUGGACGCCGCCGAGGCGCUCAAAGCCGAGCUCAUGGGUGGCGCACCCAGCGAGCAGGACGGCGCUAAUGAAGAACCUCCCGUCAAGAAGGUCAAGACAGAAUCGGGCGCCGAGGCAACCGCUGCCUCCACUGACAACGCCGGAGAUGGCGAUGACAAGACAUCAUCGACUGCAGCUGGCACGAAGCGCAAAGCCGAUCACGUUGAAGACGGCACCAGUGUCGGCGAGUCCGCUGCCAAGACAGAAGCUGGUGACGUUCGAGGUGAUGGCGAAGCCACCGCUGCCGAGGCUGAUGCCGACGCUGACGGAGAUGCUGAUGCCGAUGGCGACGCUGACGCUGAUGCAGCAGCCGACGAAGGCGAUGAUAACGACGACGUCGAAGGCAACGAAGAUGUCGAUCCAGUCACCACCGUCAAGAAGCGCAAGGUCAACGCAGACGGCACCGUCGACUACGAAGACACCGUCAAGAUGUGGGAGCCUGGCUACCGCGAGCGAUACUACCGCGAAAAGUUCGGCGUCGAUCUGUCCGACACCGACUUCCGUCGACAGGUCGUCAAAUCCUACAUCGAAGGCCUCUGCUGGGUUCUCGCCUACUACUACCAAGGCGUCCCUUCGUGGCAAUGGUAUUACCCCUUCCACUUUUCUCCCUUCGCCGCCGAUUUCGAAGACCUCGAGUCGCUCGAUAUCAACUUUGACCUUGGUUCACCCUUCAAACCGUUCGAGCAGCUGAUGGGCGUACUCCCCGCCGACUCGCGUGCUUCCAUCCCCUCGGCGUUCCACCCUCUCAUGACCGAGUCUAGCUCGGAGAUCAUCGACUUCUACCCCAGCGAAUUCGAGAUCGACAUGAAUGGCAAGAAGAUGGCCUGGCAAGGUGUCGCUCUGCUGCCCUUUAUCGACGAAAAGCGUCUGCUUGAUGCACUCAAGGAGAAGUACCCGCUCCUCAGCGAAGACGAAGUUCGACGCAACGGGUUCGGCAACAACACCAUGUUUGUCGGCAACGAAUCCCGUCUCUACGACUUCCUGUGCGAAGAGAUCUACGCCAAGAAACCUGUUUCAGACGACGGCGACAAACCCGCUCCGAUCCCAGUCAACCCCGCCCUCAGCGGCGGAAUCACCGGGUUCGUGAAACCCGACCCGGUUUGCGUCCCCGGCUCGACCUUCAACUCACCACUCACCAGCCAGGCUCUCCACGACAUCCACAACGACCGCUCCAUCUCGGUGCUGUACGACUUCCCCGAGCAGAAGACGCCGCAUCGCUCGAUACUGCUCAAAGGCCUCAAGCCGCCCAAACGUGUGCUGUCGGCUGCGGAGAUCGACUGGGUCAAGCGAGGAAGUCCCGAUAAUCGGGGCCGCGGUAGAGGUCGCGGUGGUCAUCGUGGUGGACCCGGUCGAGAUUUCCAUCGGAACGACAACGGCCAGCAACGUAAUGGUGGAAAUGGUGGCGGUGGGGAGAAUGGUCACGGUGGAUCAAGCUACCGCGGCGGAGGAGCAAAUGGUGGUGGCGGUGGCGGACACGGAUCUUACGGUGGUGGAGGGGGAUACGGAGGCCACGCUGGACAUUCGCAGGAUCAUCAGCAACAGUAUUCGCAAAGUGGCGGUGGCGGAUACGGCAAUUACGGAGGAUAUGGUGGAUAUGGUAGUGGUGGAGGAUACGGUCCUAGCGCAGGUCGAGAUGGAGGUGCCUACUAUGGCGGAUACGGAGGCGGAGGCGGUGGUGGUGCAGCAUACGCGUCUGCUCCAGCCUACCCCCCGGCAGGCGGCUACGAUCCAUACGCAGGCUACGGCGCUGCCCCUCCCUCAGGGUACGGAGGCUACGGCGGUUCGGCACCUUCCUACCCCCCAGGUCCCAACCGGGGCGACCGGUACGCAGCCUACACGCAACCCAGUGCACACGUCGGACCUGCUCCUGGCGCCGGUCGAGGUGGAAGCGCACGCCAUCCGCAUCCCGCCCCACCACAACCACAACAAGGCUAUGCCGGAUUGCCGAGCCUAGGUGGUCCGCCUCCACCUGCAGCAGCUGCUCCUCCUGCCGCGUAUGGAGGUUACGGCGGUGCUGCUCCUCCUGCUGGCGGCGCGGGUUAUGGCGGGUACGGUACUGGCGGUGGCUACGGCGGGUACGGUGCGCCUGCUCAAGGAUACGGUGCUCCUCCACCUGGUCCUCCUGCCCGAGGCGGCGGCGGUGGUCGAGGCGGUCGCGGAUCUGGACGCGGUGGUCCCGGUCGUGGCGGAAACAACGGCGCUUCUUACGGAGGUCACGGUGGAGCAUACGGCUCAUUCUACUAG